CAAGCAGAGGCAAGUAACCGGGUGAGAGAAAUAGUAUUUGGAUGGGAAAUUAUAGGUUUAGGCUAUCGGAUAUGAUGCCCAAUUCCUGGUUUUACAAGCUGAAAGACAUGGCCAUUAUUAGGCGAAGAAACCAAAAAAAGGAGCCUUCUUCAACUUCCUCCACUCACCCACCCCAGGUUCUUCUUCAUUCUCACCCAAGAAAAUCCCAUCAUUUCACUAGACAACUUGCUGCCGCCAGAGAAUCUAAUAACUCCCCGGCUGACCCACCCAGAAAAUCGUCCAAAGGAAAGCCGAGGCGAAGAGCUCCUGCCGCUAACACCGCCACUGCCGCCGCUCGGACUUCACCCAGGUUAGUGGUUACUUCCUCCUCCGGCUGUAGCUGCGGGAGAACGGCCCUAGAAUCGGUCACAGCUGGCUCGCCGCUUCCUCCACCAUCUCCACCAGAACUCCGGAUUGAACCGCCUUUUUUAAGUCAAUAUUCAUUUCAUGCUGAAGAUGAUGCCAACGCCAUCAUUAUCGAAAAGGGACACAAAACUUCAGCCAAAAAAAUCAACGGCUCAGAUGAAGAGUUGAAAUCCCCGGCGCAGAUUGAUCUUCCACCAAUCAUUACAAGGUCAUCCUCGUCCUCAUCCAAGCAUGAAGAAACCGACGCCGCAGAUGGGUCUACGUGUCCGUCGAUCACCGUCACAAAGAAGGAUAAAGCAUUUGCAAAGGAACCCAGAAGCAGCCCUUCGCGCCGAUUUCCGGUGAACUCUCCGGGACCAAAGUUACGGAUUAUGAACUCUCCGAGAGUUUCAAGCAAGAGAUUUGGUCACGUUGGACGCCGGAAAAGUGGGUCGGCGGCGGCGAAGAGAAGUUUGACCGAAAGCCUGGCAAUCGUAAAGUCAACGAACGAUCCACAGAGGGAUUUCAGAGAAUCAAUGGUGGAGAUGAUUGUGGAGAACAAAAUGAGGGCGUCCGAUGAAUUGGAAGAUCUCCUUGCAUGCUAUCUGUCUCUGAACACCGACGAGUAUCACGACAUUAUCAUAAAAGUUUUCAAGCAAAUCUGGUUCGACAUGACGGAGAUUGGAGUCCACUAGUUUGGUUGCAUCAUAAAAUCAGCAUCUUAGCGUUUCCUCUUCAGUUCCUAAUACUUGAUAGUCAAAUUCAAUCCAGGAGCUUGUAAUGAAGUUAUUAGAUAAAAUGAUACAUAUGGUGUCCUUAAUCAUUCUAAGCUUGAAAUAAACUCAAUUAUUGAAUAGUAACAUACAAGCUCCUGGAUUUU